ACCUGUGACCGCGGCAGGAUACGUGCCGAGGAGAGCGGCCGCUUGUUGAAUCAAAUUUGAAUCGCAUCAUAUACGUGGCCGGCCGCAAAACAUGUCCGCGUGCUGGUGAGACUGUGAGCGCGCGAUUUGCAACAUGGACUCGGCAGUGAGGCUGGUGUUGUUUGUGCUGUUGGUGCCCGGCGGCUGGCUGGCCAACACCGACGUCGACAACCUCGGCAACAGGGGUGCCGAAGGGGUGGCGUGUGCGCCGGGCCAGUUCCGCUGUCCCGAGGGGAAGUGCAUCUCCUCGCAGUUGGUCUGCAAUUACCGGAAAGACUGCGAAAAGGGCGAGGACGAAUACCAAUCAUGUCCGCCCCCAGACUGCGAGCAGGGCCAACUGACUUGUGGACAGUACGUGUGGAACAAGACGUACUGCAUCCCGCCGCACUUCAAAUGCGACAUGCAGGUGGACUGCGUCGACGGCUCAGACGAGGCCGAUUGCACAUAUCGCAAGUGCCAGCCGGACGACUUCCGGUGCGGCGAGUCGGGCGGAGGGCUGUGUCUGCCAAAGUCCAAGCGCUGUGAUGGCUACUUCGACUGCCGCAACCGGCGGGACGAAGAGGGCUGCGAGCCUUCGGCGGGCGUCGCGUGUCCGCUCGACCAGUUUCGAUGCGCCAACGGACUCAAGUGCAUCGACAUGCGCCAAAAGUGCGACUACUCGAACGACUGCGGCGACAAAAGCGACGAGCAGGGUUGCAACUACUCGCCGUGCAAUUUGAGUCAGUUUCGCUGCGAGAACGAAAUGUGCAUUCCCUCCACCUUCCGCUGUGAUGGCUACAAAGACUGCCCCGAUUUCUCGGACGAGGCCAACUGCACCGCGAUUCCGUGCCCAGACAAUAAGUUCCUGUGCGUUCGAGGCCUGACCAGCGCACCAUCAGGUGGAGCCAAGUGCAUUUCAAAAAGUCAACUCUGUGAUGGAAAGCGGGACUGCGCGGACGGAGCGGACGAAGAGGCCGCCUGCUCGAACGCCAGCUGUCCCGGACUCGGCUGCAAGUACAAGUGCCAGGCCUCGCUCACCGGCGGCGUCUGCUACUGUCCAGACGGACAAAAAUUAUCAAACGAUUCCAAAUCAUGUGUUGACCGAGACGAGUGCGCCGACUGGGGCUACUGCCAGCAGCUGUGCGCGAACACGCAGGGCAGCUUUUCGUGUUCGUGCGUGUCUGGCUACCAACUGGUGAACCACAGCGAGUGCGUGGCCCAGGGCAACACAUCGCUGCGCAUCUUCUUCGCCCACGACAAGUUCGUGUGGCGGCUGACGGCGCCGGCCGGCGGCCAGGCGGCCAACGCCACCAUGGACCUGGUGGCGACGGCGGGCCAGGCGAGCGGCCUCGACUUCCACUUCGGCCGCAACGCCCUCUUCUGGUCGGACGUGCGCACCAAGCGCGUCUACUCGAUGCCCCUGGAGAACAAGGCGGCGCCGACGACGGGCGGUUCGGCCGCACAGUCGGCGCCCGACUUCGGCGUCGGCGGCGGCGCCUGGGCGCCGGUCGCCAUCGCCGUCGACUGGGUCGGCGACAAACUGUACGUGGCCGACUCGCUCGGACAGAAGAUCGACGUGUUCGAAAUCAACGGCAAGUGGCACGCCAUCGUCCUCGGCAGCAACCUCACCAGCCCCACCGACAUCGCCCUUGACCCCACCGUCGGAUUCAUGUUCAUCGCCGACAACACACAGGUGAUUCGAGCCAACAUGGACGGCACAAACGUGAAAUCGAUCGUGUCCGAGGCGACGUACCGCGCGUCCGGCGUGGCGCUGGACAUAAUCUCGAAACGGGUUUUCUGGUGCGACUCGCUGCUCGACUACAUCGAGACGGUCGACUACAACGGCAAAAACCGCUUCUUGGUGGUCAGGGGUCAGGCGGUGCCCUCGCCGUCACGCCUCACCGUGUUCGAGAACAGGGUCUUCUGGUCGGACGGAACCAAACAGGGCGUCAUGAGCGUGGACAAGUACGGCGGCGCCAACUCCAUCAGGGCCCUCAUCAGCAAGAACAGGGACGUGCAGGAGCCGAAAGCAGUGCGAGCCGUGCACCCAUUAGUCCAGCUGUACGCGUCGAACCCUUGCGGCUCCAACAAUGGCGGCUGCGAGCACUUGUGCGUGGUGACGGCCGGUGCCAGCGAGGGGUCGUUGGGCUUCCGGUGCGCCUGCAACAUCGGCUUCCGGCUGAGCGCCGACCUGAAGCACUGCCUUCGAGUCGAGGAGUUCCUCAUGUACUCGCAGCAGCGCUUCAUCAAGGGUCGCGUCCUCGAGCCGGUCACCGAGGGCUUCAGCGACGCCAUCUUGCCCGUCGUGUCCCGGAGGGCGAGGUUCGUCGGCCUCGACUUUGACGCCAGGGACGGCAUGAUUUACUACUCGGACGUGCUGCAGGACGUCAUAUACCGAAUUAGAACAAACGGAACUGGCCGGGAAAUAGUUUUAGCCUCACAAAAUGAAGGCGUGGAAGGCUUGGCCGUGGACUGGGCGUCCCACAACCUCUACUACAUCGACAGCAGGAAGGGCACCCUGAACGUCCUGAGCACCAGGAACGUCACCUACCGCCGCACCCUUUUGAAGGAGCUCAAGAGGCCCAGGGCCAUUGUCGUCCAUCCCAACAGAGGUUACAUUUUCUUCUCUGAGUGGGACAGACCGGCCAACAUCAGCCGGGCGCACGCCGACGGCACCAGCAGACAAAUUUUCAAAAAUCUCACACUUGGCUGGCCCAAUGGAUUGUCCGUCGAUUUGACAGCGGACAGGCUGUACUGGUGCGACGCCCUCCUUGAUCAUGUUCAGCAUUCCAACCUGGACGGCACUGACGUCAAAACGGUCACCUCUCAACUUAUCAUACACCCCUUCUCUCUGGUCGUACACAAUGAAUGGAUGUACAUUUCUGACUGGAGGCUGGACGCAAUAGUAAGAAUGAAAAAAGACACUGGCGGAGACGAAUCCGUCGUCGUCAAAGAGCCUCAUACAAAUCGAUUAUACGGCGUCAGAGUUUUCAGCAACACCCUCCAGAAAAUCGACGCUGUCCACCCCUGCUCCAACGGAAACGACGGUUGUGCCAAAUUCUGCUUUGCUGUGCCGAGCAACACUUCGACCGCACUGGUGGCCAGGUGCGGCUGCCCCUACGGUGAACGCCUUGCUGAGGACGGUCGCACCUGCAACCCUGACCCGAACGCGGAACCACCCCUGCAGGCGUGUCCAAACAACUGGGACUUCACCUGCAACAACCAACGCUGCAUUCCAAAGGCCUGGGUGUGCGACGGAGAGGACGAUUGUCUUGACAAUUCAGACGAGGAACAAAAUUGUACAAAACCAACUUGUCCGUCGGACGAGUUCCAGUGCACUUCUGGCCGAUGCAUUCCAAUGUCUUUCAAGUGUGACUCUGAAAACGACUGCGGUGACUUCUCGGACGAGACGGGCUGCAAAAACGUGACGUGCUCGUCAUCCCAGUUCCAGUGCGAGAACGGCCGCUGCGUUCCUGCCACUUGGAAGUGCGAUUCCGAGAACGAUUGCGGCGACGGCAGUGACGAGGGCGAUUUCUGCGCCGAAAAGACGUGCGCCUACUUCCAAUUCACGUGUCCCCGGUCCGGCCAUUGCAUCCCUCAGUCAUGGGUCUGCGACGGAGACAACGACUGCUUCGAUAACCACGACGAACUCGACUGUCCUCCCAUUGCUUGUUCGGCCUCACAGUUUAAGUGUGCAGAUUUGAAGCAAUGUGUGGCCGAGUCGUACAAGUGCGACGGCAUUCCCGAUUGCAGUGACGGUUCGGACGAGUUGGGCUGCCCGUCUUUGGCGCCAGACCAGUGCAACAGAGAAAGGCAGUUCCAGUGUCUUGCCUCAGGUUUUUGCAUUCCCAAGGCCUGGCAUUGCGACGGAACGGCUGAUUGUUCCGAUGGAAGCGACGAGCCAGACACUUGUGGACAAAUCGCCUGCCAGAAUGGCUACUUCAAGUGCAACAACUCUCAGUGCAUUUUCAAGGCGUAUAUUUGUGACGGAAAAGACGAUUGCGGCGACAACUCUGACGAGGACGCGCGGCACGCGUGUGGCCCACCACCGGUCACCUGCGAUUCUGGCGAGUGGAAGUGUCCCGGCGUGAGCGGCCGCUGCGUCAACCUGACGUCGGUGUGCGACGGCAAGACCGACUGUCCGAACGGGGCCGACGAAGGUCCAGGGUGCGAUUUGGCCGAGUGCCAACACCAGGCCGGACUCUGCUCGAACGCGUGCAAACAGACCCCGCUCGGCGCCAUCUGCACGUGUCCGGCGGGCGAGAUUUUGUCCAACGACACAGUGACCUGCGUCGACCUGAACGAGUGCGACCCGCCAGGUCGCUGCUCGCAGGUGUGCAGAAACAUCAAGAGGGGCUUCGAGUGUGACUGCGUGGACGGGUAUAUCCUCGAACCGGACAAGAGGAGGUGCAAGGCGGUCAACCACAGCGCCGCCUUCCUCAUCAUCUCCAACAGACACUCCAUUCUGGUCGCUGACCUCCAGGAGCAAAGUUUAGAACGAGUGCCUAUUUUUGUGGAAAAUGUAGUCGCCACAGCUUCUGACAUGCACAGUGGCACGAUCUUCUGGUCGGACAUGAAACUGAAGAAAAUCUCAAGAUUAGACCGUGGCAGUGAGCCCAGAGAACAAGUCAUCGCCACCGGUUUGGAUUUGGUGGAAGGACUGGCCUACGACUGGAUAGGGAAAAACGUAUACUGGCUCGACUCAAGACUGAACACAAUAGAAGUCGCCAGAGAAAACGGCUCCGACAGAAUGGUCUUACUUAAAGGAAACAUAACCCAGCCGAGAGGACUGGCGCUGGACCCGAGUCCGGGCACGCGGUGGCUGUUCUGGACAGACUGGGGCGAGAACCCGAGGGUGGAGAGGGUGGGCAUGGACGGCAGCAACCGCAGCACCAUCAUCAACACCAAGAUCUACUGGCCGAACGGCCUGACGCUGGACAUUGCGACGCAGCGCGUGUACUUCGCCGACUCGAAGCUGGACUUCAUCGACUUCUGCUACUACAACGGCAGUGGGCGGCAACAGGUGUUGGCCGGCAGCCACUACCUGCUGCACCCGCACUCGCUGGCCCUCUUCGAAGACACCCUGUACUGGACGGACAGACAACUGAACAGAGUAUCCUCAGCACACAAGUACAAAGGCACCAACCAGACUGUGGUUUCGCACCUCAUUUCGCAACCCCUCUCGGUCCACGUGCACCACCCCUCGCUGCAACCCCUGUCCCCCAACCCGUGCAAAGACAACCCCUGCGCGCAGAUGUGUCUUCUGUCGCCAUCCACCAAGUCCGGCUACGCCUGCAAGUGCCGACCCGGCUACCGACUCGCCGACGAGGGCAAGUGCGUCGAGGAGGAGAAACCCUUCCUGCUGGUCAUGAAGGGCAGCCAGAUCAUCGACAUGAGCCUCACCCCUGGAGAGCAGGUGAGUGGCUACUUGACGCCGAUUGUGGGUAUCGAAAAGGGCAUCCAGAUCGAGUUCGACCGAAAAAGUGAGUCGAUCUUCUGGAUCGAAGGGAAGGAGGGCGAUGACGACGAGUUCAACGCCACCAUCUACACGUCCAAACUGAACAACGGCAACCGCACCAAGCUGUUCGGGCCCGACUCCGGGUUCAUCGGGUCGGCGUACACAAUGGCCUUUGACUGGCUGGGCAGGAAUUUGUACGUCGGCAACAGGGUGGCGUCCAACCUGGAGGCGAUCAAGAUCGACGGCAAGGUGCGCCACCGGACGGUCAUUCUGGCCAACGACGGAAACGCGACGUCCGUGGCGCGGCCCAAGAGCAUCUGCCUCGACCCCAGCGAGGGUCAGCUUUUCUGGAUCGACGAGGGCGGCUCCGGGGUGCCAGCCAAGGUGGCCAGGGUCAACAUGGACGGCUCCAACCCUAUGAUUUUGGUCAACGACGUCGAGCGGCCGCAGGCGAUUUGCAUUGACUUGGACAAGAAGUUGAUUUACUUCAGCACCGAAUACCCCGCUCAGGUGAGGGUGAUUGGCACCGACGGUCGAAACGAACGCAUCAUCCUGACCGAGAGCAACAACAUCGCUCUGCCCAAGAACCUGGCCGUCCUCGACUCGCGCCUCUACCUUUUGGAUCCGAAAUACGACAAACUGGAGCGACUCGACCUGCCCAACGGCGACAAUUCACGCCUCUUGCUCGACAAUGAGUCCGAACUCCGGUCCUUCACCAUCUACCGAAAGAGGUCAACGCCCAACCACCCCUGUUUGUCCAACAACGGAGGGUGCCAGCAACUGUGUCUACCAGCGCCCGGCAACUCAAGGGUGUGCGCCUGUUCUGUUGGCCACAGGGUUGAAAACGAGAUGCAGUGCAUUGCCUACAGGUCUUUCGCGGUGGUCGCCCAACUGGACGUGGCACGCGGCUUCAGUUUGAGCAACGCCGCUGAGGCGAUGACCCCGAUUUCCGGUCCCGGUCACCACAUUUUGCACGUUGACGUGUUCGUCGCCGAGAACUGGAUCUACUGGGUCGAGUUCAACCGCGGCACGUGGAACGGAAUUUUCCGUGUCAGACCCAACGGCAGCGACCUGAGUCCAGUGGUCAACACCGGGGUCGGAUCAAACGGCAUCCGAGGCCUGGCCGUGGACUGGGUGGCCGGCAACCUGUACUUCACCAACGUGUUCCCCCACGAGAACUACCUGGAGGUGUGUUGGUUGGACGGAUCGCACAGGAAGGUGCUGGUCAAGACCACUUCGGACGCACCUCGAGAGCUUGCCGUCAACCCUAUCAAAAGGUAUCUGUAUUGGAUCGAUUACGGGCAGUAUCCGCGCAUCGGCAAGGCGUACCUGGACGGCUCGAGCUGGACCCCGAUCGUGACCUCGGGCAUCAGCAAUCCGCGUGACCUGACCGUGGACAUGGCCACUCACGAUGUGUACUGGGUCGACUCGCGACUGGACACCCUGCAGAAGGUGAGCUACAGUGGCGGAUCGCGCCAGGUGGUGCGCCGCUUCCUGCCCAAUCCGAUGGGGGUGGCCGUGCUGAAGCAGGAGGUCCUCUGGGUCGACCGCAACCUGGCCGCUGUCUACCGAGCCUCGAAACUGCCACAGGACAGCGGAGUCAAUACCACUCGGGCUGUUGCUCUCAGGUCAAACCUACAACGUUUGAGGGACGUGGCCGUCUUUGACAUUGCUGCUCAGCCCACGGACGACAGCAGCCCUUGCAAACGCCUGGGCAACGGAGGCUGCGACCAACUUUGCUUCGCCUUCCCUGCAGACAGGGGCAUUUUGAACAAGGCUCAGUUCAGGUGUGAUUGUGCCACCGGCAGAGUGGGCGAUGACGAGAGGCGCUGCGUCACCGAGGACGAGUUCCUCGUGUUCUCGACCAGGACUGAGGUUAGGAGCAUCAGCCUUGACCCCAAGUCAACUUCGGUGCCAUUCAAACCUGUGGCAAACUUGAGCAACGUGGUCGGCGUGGACUUUGACUACCAGGACAACAAGUUGUUGUACACGCAGAUCCGUCCGUUCGCCCGAAUCGCGUGGAUGCCCAGUCGCAGUCCGAGCAAGGAGUCUGCUCAGGUCAUUCUGCAAAAGGGCAUCAACCCUGAGGGCAUCGCCUACGACUGGACGCAGAGGAAAAUCUACUGGACCGACUCGAGCAACAACAGCAUCUACGCGAUGAACCUGGACGGCAGCCAGCUGGUGAUGAUCUCGAGGGUGGAGCGGCCCAGGGCCAUCGUCCUGGACCCCUGCAACGGGUCCCUCUACUUCACUGACUGGGGCCGGUUCGGAACUUCGGGCAAGAUUUUCCGCACCUCCAUGGCCGGCAGCUUGAAAAAGGCGAUCGUGGAGAAGGAUUUGGCGCAGCCCAGUGGACUGGCCAUCGAUUAUGAGGAGAGGAUGCUCUACUGGACCGACGCUGUCAGGGAAAAGAUCGAAAGAUCCACACUGGAUGGAGAUAGGCGAGAGGUGUUGAUUUCUGCCACGAUCUACCCGUUCGCCAUCACGGUGCACCGAAACUACAUUUACUGGACGGACCUGCAACUUCGAGGCGUGUACCGCGCCGAGAAGCACACCGGCGCCAACCUGGUCGAGAUGGUGAAGCGGCUGGAGGACUCGCCGAGGGACGUGCACGUCUUCUCGGCCUCCAGACAGCAGUGCACAGUGAACGCCUGCAAGAUCAACAACGGCGGCUGCCAGCAGUCGUGCCACCCUGGACCGAACGGGACGGCCGAGUGCAGGUGCGACGAACAGUCCAAGUUGGUCAAUGAGGAAAGAAUGUGCGUCCCGAAAAACGUCACCUGCGACCAGGGCAAAUUCCAUUGUCGAAACGGCAAGUGCAUUUCGCGGAUGUGGGCGUGCGACGGCGAAAACGACUGCGGUGACCGCACCGACGAGGACACCAACUACUGCACCUUCCACUCGUGCAGUCCCACCGAGUUCCGGUGCAACAACGGCCGCUGCAUUUUCCGAUCGUGGCAGUGCGACCACGAGAAUGACUGCCAGGACGGCAGCGACGAGCUCGGCUGCACUUACCCUCCUUGUGCUGAUGGCGAGUUCACCUGCAGCAACCACAAGUGCAUCCCGAUGUCACAGGUUUGCAACGGAAUAAACGAUUGCAAGGACAACAAAACGUCGGACGAGGCCAUCGAGCGUUGUCCGCGGAACACGACGUGUCCGCCAAACCACCUCAAGUGCAACCAGACCAACAUCUGCGUGGAGCCGUAUUGGCUGUGCGACGGCGACAACGACUGCGGCGACAACAGCGACGAAGACCCCCUGCACUGCGCCGCCAGGACGUGUCCGCCCAACAGCUUCAGGUGUCCCAACCACAGGUGCAUCCCUGCCACGUGGUACUGCGACGGAGACACUGACUGCGGCGACGGAAGCGACGAGCCGCCCGAGUACUGCAAGUCCGAGGGACGCACGUGCUUCGGCGACUUGUUCACUUGCGACAACGGAAACUGCAUUCCCAGGAUUUACAUUUGCGACGGUGACAAUGACUGUCUGGACAACUCGGACGAGGACGACCGGCACCAGUGCAACGACCGCAAGUGCGACCCGGAGACCGAGUACACGUGCGCCGAAAACAAGAACUGGAACCGGGCGCAGUGCAUCCCAAAGAAGUGGGUGUGCGACGGCGACCCGGACUGCGUGGACGGCGCCGACGAGAACGCCACCCUGCACAACUGUCCCAGUCCGGAGCCGUGCAGCGGCGACGACCAGUUCCAGUGCAAGAACGGCCGCUGCAUCAACAAGGGCUGGCUGUGCGACCACGACAACGACUGCGGCGACGCGUCCGACGAAGGCAAAGAGUGCCAGUCGCAGUACAAGACCUGCGGGCCCUCCGAGUUCAGCUGCCAGAACUUCAAAUGCAUACGAAAUACUUACAAGUGUGACGGCGAAGACGAUUGCGGAGACAACAGCGACGAGUUCGAGUGUCCAAAGGCAAACGCGACCGGGUGCGCUGAGGACCAGUUCAAGUGUCGCAACGGCCUGUGCAUCGCCAAGAGCAAGGUUUGCGACAAGAAAAGCGACUGCACGGACGACUCGGACGAGCCGGCCUACUGCGGCGUCAACGAGUGUCUCAAGCCGGAGGACAACCAGUGCGGCCAGAAGUGCGUCGACGACCCUGCAGGCUUCCACUGCGAGUGCAACAAGGGCUACAAACUGCUGCCCGACGGAAAGGCCUGCGACGACAUCGACGAAUGCAAAGAGGUGCCAGGGGCCUGUUCCCAGAAGUGCUCGAACACCCCGGGCUCGUAUUACUGCAAGUGCGCCGAGCCAUUUUACGAAAGGGCGGCUGACGAGAAAACGUGCAAGCGGAGCGACCAAAUCGAGCCCUGGCUCGUGUUCAGCAACAAGUACUACAUCAGGAACAUGACCCUGGACGGAAAGAGGUACCACCUGACGCACAGGGACCUAAUGAACACGGUGGCUCUCGACUUCGACCUCACCACUGGAAAGAUUUUCUUUGCUGACGUCAGCGCCAAGACUAUUUUCAGGGCAAGCAUAAAUGGCAGUGGUCCAAAGGAGCCGAUCAUCAGGCACGACAGCCACGGAUUGGAAGGUCUGGCCAUCGACUGGGUGGGCCGCAAGAUCUACUGGCUUGACAGACACUCAAGACACCUGGACGUGUCUGAGUUGGACGGCACCAACCGCAAGACCCUGAGGUCGGGCAUCGCCGACCCUCGGGCCAUCGUGGUGCACCCUGGCAAAGGGUACCUGUUCUUCACCACGUGGCACCUUCAGGGCUACAUCGGCCGGAUGGGCCUGGACGGCUCCAACUUCACCUACCUGCUCAACUGGGAGGACGGCGUGGCGUGGCCCAACGCCCUGGCCAUCGACUACUUCAGCGAAAGGUUGUUCUGGGCCGACGCCCACCUCGACUACAUCGCACACACCGACCUGAACGGCAAGAACAGGCACAGCGUCCUCUCAGGCAUGAAGGUGCCGCACGUCUUCGCCCUGAGCGUCUUUGACGACAAACUCUACUGGACUGACUGGAACCUGAAGGGCGUCCUGAGCGCCAAUAAAUUCACCGGCGCCGAGUACACCGUCCUGGUCAACACCACGCACAGGCCCUACGACCUCCACGUGGUCCAUCCGAUGCGGCAACCGCCCUUCUCCAACCCCUGCGGCAGGAACAACGGCGGCUGCUCCCACCUCUGUCUCAUUUCACCAGCAGGCGAAGGCGCUGUUUCGUACAAGUGCGCGUGUCCGAACCAGUUCAUCCUUUUGGCGGACAACCGGACGUGCCAGGCCAACUGCACGGCGGGUCAGCACCGGUGUGGCGGCGCCGACGAGAAGUGCAUCCCGUGGUUCUGGAAGUGCGACGGUGAGAAGGACUGCGGCGACGGCAGCGACGAGGAGUCGUGCCCGAAGCGCACGUGCCGCAGCGGCAGUUUCCAGUGCGCCAACGGCAACUGCACGCCGACGGCCACCAUUUGCGACGGCAACGAGGACUGUCUGGACGGCAGCGACGAGAAGAACUGCGACCUGCCCUGUCCCGAACUUGAGUUCAAGUGCGCCAGCAACGGCCGCUGCAUUUUGGACGCUUGGAAGUGCGACGGUGACGCCGACUGCAAGGACGGAAGCGACGAGGAUCCACGAAUUUGCCAUAACCGGCAGUGCAACACCGAGACCGAGUUCCAGUGCAAGAACGGCCGCUGCAUCCCGAAACUGUGGGUUUGCGAUUUCGACAACGACUGCGGCGACGACUCGGACGAGCCUGCAUACCAGUGCAGACAAAGAAACUGCACCACCGGUUGGCAGAGAUGUCCCGGACGCACCAACUACCGGUGCAUUCCCAAGUGGCUGUUCUGCGACGGCAAGGACGACUGCAGAGACAAUUCGGACGAGCUGCCUGAAAACUGUCCGGCCUGCGGCAGUCAGGGCGACUUCCGGUGCAACAACAACCGCUGCGUGCCCAAACGCUGGUUGUGCGAUUUUGAAAAUGAUUGCGGUGACGGCUCUGAUGAAAAUGAAGAGAUGUGCCGCGGAAAGUACAGGGAGUGUUCAGAAUCAGAAUUCAGGUGUGGAAAUGGCAAGUGCAUCCCUAGCCGGUGGCAGUGCGACCAUGACGACGACUGCGGGGACAACACAGAUGAGGCUGACUGCACUGGAUUCACAUGCAAAAACAACACGUUCCAAUGUGCAAGUGGGCAUUGCAUCGCCUCAUAUUUCCGAUGCGACGGUGAUCGCGAUUGUCGCGAUUUGAGUGACGAAAUGAACUGUCCACCGCGGUUCCCGAAUGGCCGCUACUGCCCUGAGAGUAUGCACGAGUGCAAGAAUCACCUUUGCAUCUCGUUCUCCGACCUUUGUGACGGCGCCGACGAUUGUGGGGACAACAGUGAUGAAAGCGACGAUACUUGCAAAAACUUUGAAUGUGACGCGGUGAGGAAGUUCCAGUGCAACAACCACAAAUGCAUUCCGCGGUACCAGGUGUGCGAUGGCGUGGACAACUGCGGCGACGGCAGCGACGAGAACAACAUGACCAUUUGUUCGUCGCGCGCUAAACCAUGCAACCUUUACGCUGAAUAUCAAUGCGCCAACCGCAAAUGCGUCGACAAGAGCAAAGUGUGCGACUUUGCCGAUGACUGCGGCGACGCCUCUGACGAGCUCGGCUGUCAUCAUUCAAAGACUUGCUCUGAGGCAACCAAGGGUGGCUGCGAGCACCACUGCAUGAAUCUGACCGACGGCGGCUACAUUUGUGCCUGCUACUCUGGAUUCAUCAUUUCCGCGGACAACAGGAAAAAGUGUGAAGACGUAGACGAAUGCGCCACCUUUGAAAACAAGUGCUCGCAACUGUGCACGAACCUGAACGGAUCGUACGCGUGCAGUUGUCGGCCAGGCUUCGAGUUGUCGGACAGCGGUGUGUGCCGCAGCAACGGGCCCAGCGUGUCGCUGCUGCUGGCCAACGGUCCGGGCAUCCGCUCGCUCGAGCAGCUGCAGAAGCGCGAGUCGGACGUGGUGGUCGGCGAGAAACGCAUCGAGGCCGUCGACUUCAACCCGCGCACCGAAAUGAUCUUCUGGGUCGACUCGUUCGACAAGACGGUGCGCAGGUCGUACAUGGCCGGCGCGCAGGGAGGCAACGCCAAGAUCGGAUUCGCGCAGGACCUCAGCAUCAAGGGCAACGGAAAACCAUCCGCCCUGGCCGUCGACUGGCUCGCCGAGAACAUUUACUGGACUGAAAUGGACAGAAACGGCCCGAAAGCGAAGGGUCGCAUCUUGGUGGCAAAGACGGACGGUCGGUACAAGCGGUCGUUGGUAACGUCGGGUCUGGAGAACCCGUCGGCGAUCGCCGUGGACCCGGUGCGCGGACGCAUGUUCUGGGCGGACGCGGGCUCGUCGCCCCGCAUCGAGGCCGCGUGGAUGGACGGCAGCAAGCGCAAGGCCAUCAUCACCGAGGGGCUGCGCCACCCGAUGGCCAUCGCCAUCGACUCGGCCCUCGGCCAGCCGGCCAUCUACUGGGCCGACUCCAAGGCGGACACGAUCGAGUUGGCGCGCCAGGACGGCACCGGACGCACGGUGGUGCUCCGGGGCGCCGCCCUCAAACACCCGGUCGCCCUCGACGUCUUCGAGAGCGAACUCUUCUGGGCCACCAAGGACUCGGGCGAACUCCUCAAGCAGGACAAGUUCGGCCGCGGCGUGCCCGUCACCCUGGCCAAGGACCUUGUCAACCCUUCCGGAAUCAAAGCUUACCACCCUCAAAGGUACAACACGUCUGCCGCAGACAGAUGCAACGGUUCACCUUGCAGCCACCUUUGCCUGCUGGUGCCCGGCGGCUAUAAGUGCGCCUGUCCCGACGGCGCUGUCCAAAGACCGGGCAGCAACGAAAUUCACUGCGAUGCUCCAUCUGAACGUCCAAGGCCGUCGCCGCGAAUUUGCGAAUGCCAGAACGGAGGCGUUUGCAAGGAAUCGAAGGACGGCGGCGUUCUCUGCGAGUGUCCACCCGACUUCCAGGGCGACCACUGCCUAGACCACGUGGCGCGCACCAAAGUGCCAGGCGCGGACUCUCGUUCAGCCACCAUCUUUUACCUUCUGCUCGUCUUGGUGCUCAUUCUGGCCGGCACCGGAGCAGCCUUUUUGAUCCUGAGGUACCGUCCUUUUGGCAAGGGCAGCAUGUUGGGGUCAACGCAGAGCGUCUCCUUCCGUCAGGGCACCAACGUCGAGUUCGGCGGUCCGAUGGGUGGCGGCGGCGGCGCCGCCGCCGUGGGUGGCGCCGAGCCGAUGGACGCCGCGUACGACAUGGGCGAGUUGUCCGAAGGCAAGACACGCAACUUCAGCAACCCGAUGUACGACGCGCUGGGGGCGGGCAGCUCGGCGGGGGGUAGCGUGGGCCCGACGGGCAUCUACGAAGUGCCCGCCGAAGUGGUCGCCGUCAAAAAGGCGCCGGUCUUCGAACCGCCCUCAGAGGUGGUGGCGCCGCUGGCGUCGCAACGGGCGGCGGCGGCCGCCGGCAAGACGACGCCGCCCCUCAAGAGGCGCGAGUUGGACCCGACGCCCAUUGACUCGGGCAAGGACACUCAGAAGUUGGUGGUAGAGGAGGACGCCUCCUCUGAGUGCUGAUUUUUUUUGUUAUUAUUUCUAGCGAGGAAAUCGUUUGUACCACUUAUUUAAUUAUUUGGAGAUGCCGAGUUUUUUUUUUUUAAUUUAAAAGUGGGCCUUUGAAAUUUUAUUUUGCCAUCUUUGAAUGUAUGUUUUGUGCCAAUAAAAUCGAGCAGUAUUUGAAAAUUUGACCAACUCGCGCAUCUUGGCCAAGAUCUUUUUGUCUUCGAGCACAAUUCCAAUAAAAAUGAGACACGAUAUUCUAAUGUUGAACAAAUAAACGCAUGAAUGACUUAUUGGAGAAGAAGGGUGUUGUUAUAUCCAUAAGAUCUAUUGUUGAUAUUAUUAAUUUGCUGGUUGCGGUGUAUACGUGAGAGCAAGAGACGCAAGUGAGACAGAGAUUUCUUUUCAUUGGGAACUUUCGGAAACAUUUUUUAUUAAAUCCAACAGACCUGGAAGUGAAUUUGAAACUCUGAGCUUUUUUAAUAACACACUCGGAAAGAAAAAAGUUAAUUUUCCGAAAGUUUCCAAGCCUUUUUCCAUGAUAAUUAUUGUUGUUUGUAAAUAAAAUUUAAAAGAGAAAACACAAAACUUGUAUUGUUGAGCGCAAAAUUACUGUAUAACAUAUUGUCAAUUAUAUUUUAUAAGAUUUUAUAUACAAAAGAAGUAAAGAGUGUUUGUAAUUUGACCGAAGCAAAGUAUUAUGAGGUAAAUUUUGAAUGUUUUAAAACCGUGGCAUAAUUACGUUAUUGUUUUGCGAAGCAUCAAAAAGUAUUAUAGAUUUAUAAACAGACACGCGUGCAUUUAAUUGUUACUCCAGAAACAUUCUGAUUUGUGCAAAGAAUCUGCUACGGCUCAAGGAACUUUUUUGUUACUGUGAAUAAUCGUUUUUAAUUAUCUGUGCCGCUAAUUUUGCAAACACGCAUAUUUUGGCAAUAAAAAAAAAUGAAAAUUAUAUAUUUAAAAAAUAAAAUUAUUAGUAUUUG